AUGACUGAGCUAAACAAAGAGUCCCUAAAACAUGAAGGACAUGUGUACUGCCACCUUGGGCAAGUCCCCGGCGUAAUAGAGCCUUAUCAGGUCUCGGACACCGAGAUUCGAAUGCCAUAUCUACGCCAGGGUUCACUCAGCCGCUAUAUACGUGCCCAUCGUGAGAGCGUGAACAACAUGCGGCGGUUACAAUGGCUCCAGGAGGCUGCACAUAUUAUCCGUCGUGUACACGAGCGGCGGGUUCUGAUUGCUGAUAUUGCGACACGAAACUUCCUCCUCGAUGAGAAUCUUUCUUUGCAGAUGUGCGAUUCCACCGAAUCUGUCAUUGUUGCGGAUGAUGAAGACCUGGUCGAAUUCGUAUCUGAAGACUGCGUUUCAGUCAAGUCCGACGUUGCGCGCUUCGGCUCGAUGAUGUACGAGGUCAUCUCCGGAUACCGAUGUGAAUUUUUUUAUACCCGACAUCGAGAUCGAUCUAGAUGACGAUCCAGAAUCUAAAUACUUCCUAGCUAGCUUCUGG